GGGAGGUUGUCGCUGCUGGCUGAGCUGGAGAGUGACUGAAUCUGAUACGAUACACUGCUCUAUCGUGGAAAUUUAAUGAAAAUAUUCAUGUCAUGCUGAGAAAUGACGAUGAAGGCAUGAUCAUACAAUGGAGAGAAUGAAAAUUGUGAAUAACACGUAACGUAUAUAUAAUCGGUGGCCGAGGCUAAAGAAUCCAACAACGAUGUCAACGGCCCCUGAAGAUGACUCAACCGAGCGGCUGUGUUCCCUGCAGCCAGUCUCACCUAAAAUCAAGUCACAGGAUUUUUAUCUCAAUCACCGCCCUUUGGGACGGGAAAAUAAUAAGACUGACACAGAGGUGCCAUCAUGUAACAGACUUGAUGCUGGCCAAUCAGAGUCGUUAUUUACAGAACAAUAUUUACCAGCAUCAUCUAACUAUACCACUCUAAAUGAGAGUAGAUUAAGCAGAUGCAGUCGAUCUAUUAGCUCAUCGUUGGAAAGUGUAUUUUUUCACUAUGGAAAGGCGGUGGCCACGCGUCCAUGUUUAACCAUAUUGAUUUGCCUAGCAUUGACAGGCAUUUGCGGUAUUGGGCUGCAAAAAAUUACAGUUGAAGAACGGCCCUUCAAGCUGUGGAUUCCACAAGACUCCGACUUUGUCAAGAUUUCCGAGUGGCAGCAGGCUAAUUUCCCCAACAAAUACAGAGUUCACACAUCUCUGUAUGAGGCAGACAAUGUUCUAACUCCAGAAGUUCUUCUUGACUUGCUAUUCAUGCACGAAACAGUUACCGCAACGGUGGCUGCGGUGCCUGGUAAACAAAAUUCUGUAAGUGCACUCAAUAACAGCGAUGUCAGAAAUUCUUCUGUGAAGGAAGACACGAAUGUAAGGCUGGUCACGUGGCAAGAUGUUUGCACGAAGCUGCCGACCAUCAUGAGCUCUACUUUAUUUGGCAGGAAGAAGAGAAGUCCUGCCAAUAAUUCACUCAAUGCCCGUACCAUGAAGAAGAGCGAUGAUGUCUUCUUUGUUCACAGAGAUCCACGUCAGGGUCCUGUGGAUUUGAGUUUUCACGGCCCCGAUGCUUUCAGCUUGGGCAUUGACGAAUUUUCAUCUAUUUAUGAUUCUCUGGCGAGUGUUUUUGUUACGGAGAGCUGUGAAAAAGUUCCUGAAGAUAAUAGACUGAAGAGACAAGUUCCUGAAGAUAAUAGAAUGAAGAGACAAGUUCCUGAAGAUAAUAGAAUGAAGAGAAAAGUUCCUGAAGAUAAUAGAAUGAAGAGACAAGUUCCUGAAGAUAAUAGACUGAAGAGACAAGCAGGCUUUGACUGGAGCAGCUAUCUGCAUCGGGAUGCAUACUGCGCGCUGUUGGAGCAACUGGAGAUGGAGUGUUUUGAGCGGAGCAUCUUGGAGAUCUGGGGCUAUGACCGCAACACUAUUGAGUCCCUCACACAACAAGACAUCAUAGACGCCCUUAACUCAACUCAGACGAGUGCAGUGUAUGGAGUGCCUACAAACUUUGCCAGGUAUCUUGGAGGCGUGACCAGGGAUGAGUCUGGCAAGAUCAUCGGAGCCAAAGCCAUGACACAAACUUGGCUGUCACGCAUCAACCCCGAGAGGAUAGAGCCUGGAAAGUACAUAGACGAUUACGGUUCCGGAACUGAGGUUGACGUGGACACUUUCUACUGGGAAAAAGCAUUUGAAAAAAAUCUCCUCAACGCAUCUCUGUACACCACCUCAUCAUUCUAUUUUGUGACAGCUGGAAGCUUCAAUAAAGUAAGCCGCGAUGCACUCGAACGUGAUCUCGGUUACAUCAUUCCAGGUUACUUGAUCGUCUUCUUCUACAUUCAAAUCAUGCUGGGCAAAUUCAACGGCCUAGAAACGAGACCGUACCUGUCUAUACUCGGGAUCACUGCCGUGCUGCUGUCUCUUGUAGUUUGCUACGGAUUAGCUUCUGCGCUGGGACUUAUUUUUAGCCCGGUCAACAAUAUCCUACCGUUCCUAUUACUUGGAUUAGGCAUAGACGACAUGUUUGUUAUAAUGCAGUCCUGGAACAACCUCAGUGAGGAAGAGAAGCGCCAUCCCCUCAAUGUACGUAUCGGAUAUGCCAUGCAACAUGCUGGGGCCUCCAUAACAGUUACCUCUGCCACCGACAUUGUGGCCUUUGCCAUCGGAAGCACCACAUCGCUGCCUGCCUUAAGAUCUUUCUGUGUGUACGCCGCCAUUGGUAUAGCUGCCGUGUUCUUCUUCCAGGCAACUUACUUUGUUGCUUGGUUUACAUUUGACCAACGCAGGAUCGAGAGCCGCAGGCAUGGCAUUAUCUGCUGUUACAAAGUCAGCGACUCGUAUAAAGUCAACCAAUGCAGUCAACGUGACUUGUGCCAGACAUUCUUCGGGGGAGUUUACUCUCGAGUCCUCCUCCACAAGGUGUCCAAAGUCAUCGUUCUGCUGGCCACGGCAACCCUUUUCUGCGCCUCUUGCUGGGGAUUUUCUAACCUAAAGCAGGAAUUUGACCCUGUGUGGUUAUUACCACAGAACUCAAAUUUUUACACGUACAUCAUGAAGCGCACUGAGUAUUUCUCGUGGUCUGGAUUGAGUGGAGAAUUUUACCUCGGCAACAUCAGCCUACACGAGCAGCUGCCAGAACUGGAAGCCUUCGUGAAGACCAUAGAGCAGAACCAGUACAUUGGUUUCAUCGACUCUUGGUACACCAGCUUUAAGAGGUACUACGAGGACCAGGGGUACACAGUCCCCGACCCUGAGGGGCAGUCGUACGAAGCGUUCCAGGAGGACCUGAGCACCUUCCUCUUCUCGCCCUCAGGAGCAAAGUACCGCGACAGGAACUUUGUGUUUGAUGGAGACCUGGUCUGCGGCAGUCCUGCACCUCGCGUCACCGCAUCCAGCUUCGUUUUCAGGUACCGCAUACUCAACUCGACGCAGGAGGAGCGCGCGGCGAUGAAAUCUCUUAAGGUGGCAGCGCAUGAGAGUGGUUUGCGGGGCGUAGUCGCCCCCUUCUCGCCCACGCACAGUGGCUGGGAGAUCGACGAGAUCAUCGAGCAGGAGCUCUACCAGAACUUGGGGCUUGCGCUCCUCGCCGUCUUUCUCGUGACACUCGCGCUCAUCGCUUCCUUUGUCCAGAGCCUGCUGGUGCUGCUAUGCGUGGUCAUGACCCUCGUGGACGUGUUUGCUCUCAUGCACUGGUGGGGUCUCACUAUCGACACUGCCUCCAGCAUCAACAUGGUGAUUGCCAUCGGCCUCUGCGUGGACUACGCUGCGCAUUUGGGUCACGUGUUCAUGACCUGCCAGGGCACCCGCGACGCCCGCGUGCGGGAGACGCUCGCCCGCAUCGGCCCCGCGGUUUUAAAUGGCGGCUUCAGCACCUUCCUGGCCUUCAUCUUCCUGGCCAUAUCCGACUCUCACGUCUUCAAAACAUUUUUUAAGGUAUUCUUCGGCGUGUGCCUCUACGGCCUCUUCCACGGGCUGGUGUUCCUGCCUGUGUUGCUGUCCCUGAUUGGCCCGCAGCCUUACGCCCACCGACCAAUCACAGCGCGACACGUCAGCGAUACAGCAAUGGCUGACCUAAGAAGAGGCUGAGCACAAAUUAUUGAGGAGUUUGGAAAGUAGGCCUAUCGGAUGACAUGGAGCGCCUCAACCCAUGAUAUAAGUACUUAUAUUAUCAGUCUGCUUAUAUCGCAAGCUCACA